UUGAAUUGUUCUGAGUUCGGAGUUUCCAAUCUUGAAAUUGAUUAUACUAGCUGAGUCUUGUAACCAAAGUUCCGAGGCAAAAGGUUUGAAAAAGGCUAUUUAGGUAAGUUCCCACACCUAAAACCCACCUCAUAAAAGAGUCCAAACGUAAAGAUUGUUGUUUCUUCCGGCGAAAGCAAAAUGCCAACGACUCCAACUCGUCUUCUCCUUAAACAAGUCCUGAUCGAUUCCGUCAAGAUCACCCUGAGAAACAAGCAAACAUUUCUUUCCAUUUUUGCCCUCACGACCCUCCCUCUCUCCCUCCUCCUCUUCUCCCUCUCCCUCUCCUCCCACCCCCUCAAAUCCCACGUCUUCCAUCUCGAGUCCCUCGCCUCCCAGGCCCCCACGCGCUUCGAGGCCCGCCAGGUCUGGAAGGAGUCCCGCGACGACGCCGUUUCGCUCUUCCGCAUCAAGCUCCUCUACUUCCUCCCCUCCUUCCUCUUCUCCCUCACCGCCUCCGUCACCGCCGUCACCGCCACCUCAUUAGCCUAUCACGGAAGAUCCCCAAAUCUCCUCCGUUCCUCACUCGCCGCCGUCAAGUCCAGCUGGAGCAGACCCUUCGCCACCAGCGUCUGCAUCUACGCGCUCCUCGUCGCGUACGCCCUCGUCCCCCCCACUUUGGCCGCCGCGGUAUUCGCAUCGUCCGGGUCCCGAUUUUUCAUCCGGAUUAUCGGGUCGGGUCUGGAGAUCUACUUGAUGGCGGUUAUGGGGCUUGGCCUGGUUGUCUCGAUCCUGGAGGAGAGGUACGGCUGGGAAGCGAUCCGGGUCGGGUCGGGUUUGAUGGCGGGUAAGAGGCUGUGCGGGUGGGUGUUGUCGGGUUCGUUUGUGACGGUUACGGCGGUGAUUGCAAGGAAGCUGGAGGAUGUGAUGGACGGUCAGGAUUUGAUGGAGCAGUCGUCGACGGGAACAAUGACGAGAGUCGUGGUGGGUAUUGAGGAGAAAUUUGGGUGGGUGAUUUUGUACGGAUUGGUUGUGCUUUGGGGGUAUGUUGUUACCUCGGUUUUUUACUGCGAGUGUAGGAAACACCAUUUAAUUAAUCUCCACGAAACUGCUGGUUGACUGGGUUCAGUAGAGCCUACGCGGAUAGAUUGGUCAAGUUAAGAAAAAGAAGAUAGAAAAACGAGUGACUGGUGAAAAGUAUUUAUAUAAGGUGCCAACUCUUCGGUGCUUCAGAGAAGAAAGC